AAGCAGUUCAACAAGCGUGCGUGCAUGUACGCUCCUUGGUGCACGCUCCAGUACAGUGAAAGUGACUAGCCGAUCUUUGGGCAGUUUUGUCGUUUGGUAUUCGGUCAUAGUACUGGUGUUGGAACAGUCAUGUCUCUGAAAACGCCAGCCAAGAGGAAAGCAAACACGCCCACACCAGCGAAGCGGGCCAAGAAGGUGGUUGAAGAGGAGGUGCGGGUGGAGGUGGAGCACCGGAGCCACGGCAAGGAGAAGGGGCUGGUGCUGGCGCUGGGCCAGGGGGACGUGGGGCAGCUGGGCCUGGGAGAGGACGUGCUGGAGCGCAAGAAACCGGCGCUGGUCACGCUGCCCGAGCCUGCCGUGCAGGCCGUAGCCGGGGGCAUGCACACGGUCUGCCUGGGCGAGUCGGGGAAGGUGUACACGUUUGGCUGUAACGACGAGGGCGCGCUGGGCCGUGAUACGUCUGAGGAGGGCUCGGAGAUGUCCCCCGGUGCCGUGCUGCUGGAGGAGACGGUGGUGCAGGUCUCCGCUGGCGACAGCCACACGGCCGCCCUCACCCAGCACGGAGACGUCUACGUAUGGGGAUCCUUCAGGGAUAACAAUGGCGUGAUUGGACUGCUGGAGCCAAUGAAGAAAUCUGAUGUUCCUGUCAAAAUGCCCAUCGACGUGCCCAUGGUGAAAAUUGCAUCAGGCAGUGACCACCUUGUGAUGCUGUCGCAGAGUGGGGAGGUGUACACUUUGGGCUGCGGAGAGCAGGGACAGCUGGGAAGGGUCGCAGAGUGUUUCGCCAACCGCGGAGGCAGGAUGGGGCUGUUGAGAUUGUUGUCUCCACAGCUGGUACAUUUUCAUUCUCGGAAAAGGUUGUUUUUCGUCGACGCGUUCUGCGGGGCUUACGUCACGUUCGUCCUGUCUAAAGACGGCCACGUCUACGGCUUUGGCCUCUCCAACUACUAUCAGCUAGGAACCAAAAGCACGAGCGUGUGUUUCACCCCUGUGAAGCUGACUGCCUUCAAGAACUCCACUACCUGCUGGGUUGGCUUCUCUGGAGGCCAGCACCACACGCUGUGUCUGGACGCUGAGGGCAAAGUGUACAGCUUGGGCCGGGCGGAGUACGGGCGUCUGGGCCUAGGCGAUGGGGCGGAGGAGAAGACAGUGCCCACGCCGGUGCCGGGGAUCGAGGGGGCUCAGGUGGUAGCCUGCGGGGCCUCUGUCAGCUACGCUGCCACUAAAGACGGCUCGGUGUACGCAUGGGGCAUGGGCACCAACCUGCAGCUGGGCACGGGGGAGGAAGACGAUGAGUGGAGCCCGGUGGAGAUGGCAGGCAAGCAGCUGGAGGACCGUGCAGUUCUCUCAGUAUCCAGCGGGGGGCAGCACACUGUGCUGCUGGUCAGGGAGAAGCAGGAGAGCUGAUGCCCUGUGCUGUGCUGUGCUGUGCACUCAAGUCUUAUAUCAGGUGGAGAAGAGGGCAAACAGGAACACAGAGUGGGACUUUUCUUUCAAUACUGUUGGUAACUGUAAGCGAAAUGUUUUUUUAAAGUGCCAGGCGCAGGGGGAAUGUAGUCUGUGGCACUGUCCUGCAGUUAAGAGCCCAUUUUGAUGGGGGUGCGAAAAGGUGAUUUUAAAUGGCAGAAGGAGAAGGGGAAAGAGGGGGGCCGGGUUGUGAAACCUGACUUUGGUGGGAUUCCGAACUUUCACUGGAUGUGAUCUUUGUUUGAUUAUGGCGAGACAUGAAAGAGAAAAGUUAAACAAACAAGAGACUAUUUUUCUAAAACGGAAGUUGUCCUAGAUUUAUUAUUUUUUAAUUCUGCAGUCGUUUGUAAGGAGUCUUUAGAAAUGCCUUUCAGGUGUGUGUGUGUGUGUGGGUCUGUCUGUUUCAGUCUGUUUAUAAGCAACCAAGGGUGUGAGUAAGAAACAAGCAAUUGAUUUUCUGACACCGACCACCUGUAAGUAAGUUCUUUGCCCAUUUAGCAAUAAAGCAAGUUUCUCUCUCAGGUCCUCAUAUACCUUUUAAAAGGAUGGGCGUGUUUGGGAGAGCUGUGAUGUACUGCAUUUAAUAAAUUUGUUUAAGAUUUUA